AUGCUCGGGGGCGCCUCUCUACACAGGCCGAACCCACCACUGGCCCAUACGACGAUGCCUUCUUAUCCUGCGAAAGGUUUGCUUAACCUGUUGGUUAGGAUCCUACAGCACGUAAGGAGCCACUUACACCUUACGUACACGCACUUGACGCCGACUAUCUGGAAGGCCUGGGUUUCUCAAGACUACUGA